UGAAAGAUGGAGUCAAGAGGAGUCACUGAGAGUGAGAAUAAGAUGGACAACGAUACGUAUUUCAUGGCUGUGGCCGUCCACGCUGCAAAAUGGAGCCCGGACCCUAACACUAAGGUCGGGGCCUGCAUUGUGAACCCGGAUAAGAAGAUUGUGGGCAUCGGCUACAAUAGGAUGCCGAAUGGCUGCCCCAAUGAAUCGCUGCCUUGGGCUCGAGAGAGUGAGGACCCACUUGGAAAUAAAUAUCUGUAUGGUGGGUAGCGUAUCUUAAUUCAAACUUUUUCAUCAUCAUCAUCAUCAUCACCAUUAUUACCAGACUCAGGAUCCAUUCAAGACACAGACAACACAGACAGGACAUACAACUUACAUUAGAAAGGAUAAGGCAAACAAAACACAUUGCACUUCUAUGAAAGACACCUGUAUUUCCACAGGGGUGACUGGUAGUAUUGUACUAAUCCUAGAAUUGGCUAACAGCAUUACAAUGUUCUGGAAGACAACAUUUGAAUUUGUACAUCAAACUUAAAGGAAACAUAUGUAAGAUUGUGGCCAAAACUGGAACUGCAAUCACUUUGAAAUUACUUUAGAGCUGUGUAUCACCUCCCCCUCCAUCCUGACUCGAGGUGGCCAACCCGAUGCUGAAAAACUAA